ACUCGAAAUAUAACAAACAUCCACCAUUUGCAUUCUGCAUUGCAUCGAAAGGCUCUUUCUUUAGCCUUAUAUCGUAACCUAAUUCACCCACCUUUCUCGAUUAAUUGCCUUGAGAAACGAUGUCUAAGCAGACUCCAGGUAACUACCCACAAAAACCUCAGCAGCCUUACCCUGCACAGCCCAGCUAUCCACAGCAGUCGGGUGGCUACCCCCAGGCUAAUUUCCCCCAGGCAUCCCCACAGCAAGCAGGCUAUCAACAGUCGUACGGUGUCCCACCACCAGCCUACUCCCCGUACCCCCAGUCAGGGCCAGUGCCCCAACACCCACCACAGCAGUUCUACCCAACGCAGCAACCCCCAGCGCAGUACCCCCAAUAUGCUGCUCCAAUCUCCCAAGGUACUUUUGACCCUGGAGCAAGAUUUGGUCCAGGUACUGGAGCCUCUCCAAAUGUUCCGCCUCCACCUCCAGGAUGUAUGCCAACCGCAGCACAGGUGGCGGCCUCCCAGGGUCAGUCUGUUGUUAUGAACCAGGGGAAGGAAGGCUGGUUCAGUGGCGGCUCAGAUGGGGGAUACACUAUCUGGUAAAGACCACAAGCACCAGCUAAACAGGAAUCAAUCAUAGGAUAGCAUCAGGCUUUAAUUCAUAAUCAAUGUAACAUAACAUUUUAAUCCAAGCAAAAGUCAAUGUAUUCAUGCCUUUUGGCAGUCAUACAUAGUGAUUUUAAAAUAACCAUGUAGUAGCCACAUUUGGGUGACAGGUUUUAAGCCCUGAAAUGUCCUGGUCCAUUCAUCUAUGUAGUGUACGGAAUAAAGUGUACCAUAUAAAAUGUGUGUACAAAAAAAAAAACUGCUAUUCAGCUCUUUUUUUAUAAGAACAUUUUUUAAAAGAGCGUCCAGCCUGAGAUUCACCCAAAUUUCAAGAACAUGUUUAGAACAGCGAAAUACUGUUUUCAUUAUAAACAAUUGUUUAAUUUUCUUCUAAUAGUUCAUUGGGUUAUUUUUAUUUACUUAAAAAAAAACGCCCUAGCCUGUGUACAACCAUUACUCUGAUGAAGGAACACUACUAUCUGGGUAUUUUGAUUGAUUUGUAUAGUGUACGCAGUGUCUCUUUAGUGCUCAUGAGGUCUUUCAAUGGAUUAGUAGAGUGUAUAAGAGUCCAGUCCUCGUUUCACGUUGUUUUGUAAACAUGCAAGUUAUGUAUAUGAUUCUUUUUUUUUAAUAUUAAGAUAGAAGUUUUGUAAUUAAUGUGAUGUUAAUCAUGUAGAUAGAUUUUAAACUGAUGUUUGUGUC